AUAGGAGAGGCAGAGGAAAAGAGAGAGAGAGAGAGAGAGAGCAAGGAAGGGGGGGGCUUGAUACAGAUUCCCAGUCUACAAUUCCUUCCAUCCUCCUCCAUCAAUCCCUGCACGGAGGCUUUGCACUCUCCUCCAUCCUUCGCCGCUUCCCAUCGCUGAGAGCGACCGUACUGGAACAUUGAGGGAGGGGAGGGGGGAUUGGGUUAACGAGGAGCGAAUUAUAAAAAAAAAAGGAAAGAGAGAGAGCGAAAAUAAAGGAGGGAACAGAAGAAGGACAGCCGGAGAACAGCGAGAAGCGGAAUAAAAAUGAAGACGACAGUCCUGCGAGCGAUCCUGACCAGCCUGGCGGUCACGGUGAUGCUGACAGAAGUUCUCUUCGUGGAAUGCUCAGAGCUGGUCCCGCCAGAUGGUAAUUACACCGCCUGUCAAGGGGAUAACGUCACUCUCAGCUGCUCCAUCGAUGACCAAGUGACACGAGUGGCCUGGCUGAACAGAUCCAACAUCCUGUAUGCAGGAAAUGACAAGUGGUCUAUAGACCCCCGGGUGCAGUUACUGAACUACAACAAGUCAGAAUUUAGCAUCAUUAUUACAAGCUUGGACGUGGCCGACGAGGGGCUUUACACCUGUUCUUAUCAGACACAAGACAAGCCACACACCACACAGGCCUAUCUCAUUGUGCAAGUUCCAGCCAAAAUAGUCAACAUCUCGGCCAGCAUCACCGUAAACGAGGGGAGCAACGUUAACCUUAUGUGUCUAGCGGUGGGAAAACCGGAGCCAACCGUGACAUGGAGGCAGCUCAGAGACGGAUUUGCCAGCGAGGGCGAGCUUCUGGAGAUCACCGAGAUCAACCGGCAACAGGCAGGGGAAUACGAGUGCAUCACAUCGAACGGAGUCGCCAUCCCUGACAGCAAGAAGGUGGUCAUAACCGUCAACUAUCCUCCAUUCAUCACUGACGUCAAGAACGCCCAGUCACAGGUCGGCAAACCAGCGAUCCUGCGCUGUCAGGCUAUGGCGGAGCCCCCUGCAGAGUUUGAGUGGCUGAAGGACGACAAGCGACUGACCGUAGGGAUGGAAGGGCUGAAGAUCCAGACCGAGAGGACCUGGUCCGUGCUUCUCUUCUCAAAUGUCACCUCAAGGAAUUAUGGGAACUACACCUGCCUGGUGUCCAACAAGCUGGGAACAUAUAACAGCAGCGUCCGGCUACUCAAACCUGGCUUUUUCCCCAACCACGGUGUGACGUAUUCUGUAUCUCCUCUUCUUCUCUGUGUCUUGUCUCUCACAUUAGUCUCCCUCUUACGUACAAUCUAAUGUAAGAAGGAAUAUCCAGAAUUAAUCUUCAAGACGGGCAGUGGAAGAAAUAAAAAAUAAAUAAAAAAUACAAUUACACAAGAACAUCGACAAAAAAUUAAAAAAAUCAACAAAAACAUAAAAAUAAUUUUUUUAGAAGGAAUCCGACACUGUGAGGGAACAAAUUAUGCAUUUUUGAAAACCGUGUCAUUGACUUUCUACGCCUUCUAAUGAACGAAAGGACACUUUUGGGUGGAUUUAAUCAGUGACGUUCAGUGACUACGGAACUUUUUUGGGUGGGCUCACCUUUGGAGACGUCUAGAACCCAGGUGCUCUUACAAAACACAUGGAAGAAUUUUAGAGGGCGGAGAGAGGGAAGAGAGUGACUGCAAAUCAAAAUGAACCUCAUUAGUGUUUUAGGAGACAUUAAUAAUUUGCUAUUUUACCCCCCCUUGCAACGCUGAAGCAACUUGCAAGCCACUUCAGCUCUGGAAGGGCAAACGUUUCAGUGUAGUUGCCCUACGUACCUCAUUAUCAUUCUUGAAGGGAUUUUUCUCAAAAAGAAGCCCAAAACGUCUAAAGUCAUCUCCCCUGCCUGACCUUGUGUCUAAUUCGCCGUUACUGUGUACAUUACCUCCAGUCCCUUACCCUCUCACCAAACGACGGCAACACCAAUAAAUGAGUAUGAGUGGAUUUUAUACCAUAUUUCUGCAAAAUUGAUGAACGUCAAAUAAUGCUAACUACAACAGAGCAAAAUAUGGAAUGGAUGUGGGAAAAAAAAGUACAGUAGAUGUCCAAUAAGGUCUUCUUUAUAAAUCAAUAUGAGAUCAUGGUAUUCAUUCUACAACAAAUUGGAUGCCCAUUUGUAUCACCAUCUCCUGGCCCUCAAAAUUGUUUUUUGGACACCUCAAGUGUGUGGUGGAAGAAAGUGUACAAGUUUGGAAAAUAGUCAUGGAUAUGGAGAACCACAGCUAUGGAUUGGAAAGAUGGGUGAUGAUGGGUUGUUUAAAAGAUGUUGUACCACCAUUUCAGGGACAGCAGGGCAAGUAUGCAAGUAGAAAAUAAAAUAUGAUAAAACAUUGGGAUAACUAAGGGACAGUGCACAGUCCCUUCUAGUUUCAUAUGCCUGUCAUUCAUCAAAUGUGUCUGUGACAUUCUUGUGGGUAUUCUACAGACCCUUAUCUCCUUUCACAGACAAAAAAGAAGGGGAGCCAAGGGCCUUGAGUAUUGUCUGAAUGUUAGCUGUCUGUCUGCAUGGUCCUAUCACUGAUUGCAAGCCCCCAGGCCCGCACUUACUACUCAUUGCAUUAUGCUGAUACGAGAAUGGACUCAAUCCUUGCGGGCUGUUAAUGUUUGUGAUUUGCACUGGUGCCGAGUUUGAAAGGGGCUUAGGUUAGUUUAACAAGCUUCUGUUGCCCAAUUUUUCAUUUUUUUUUUGUUUUUAAAUUUGGGUCUAUAAUUCCCAGGAUGCCUCCAUAACUGUCUUCUAAGCUUCUCCAAAAAAAUAACCACCACCAGGGGAGUUCUUACUGGUGUUAUCCAAAAAAGAAAAAGAAGAAAAACCUGCCCCAAGUGUGUCUUUGUCUUGGCGUCUCUUCGUCCAUCCAUUUAUCCAUAACCGAUACAUGUGCGGCCGAAAUAAAAUGAAACGGUCCCAACGAGAGCUUCCAAGCUGUGCAUCAAAGCAGUGCAUUCUGGGAUUUCACAUUCUUCACACCUACAUGCUGGGGAGAAGGGAGGGGGCGGGAGUUGCCUUUAUGUUGGGGCACUUUAUUGCUCAUCACUGGAAAUCCAAGGCAUCUUUUUUUCUUGAUUUGUUGGGGGUAUUUUUGUUUUCUUUUUGCAAAAAGAUAAAAAAAGAAAUACUUGUGAAUAUUGGCAACAAAUUUAUAAAGUGUUAUAAUAUAACAGAGACAAACUCUACUUUGGUAUUUUGGUGAUAUUUUGUCUUGCAGACUGGUUUGGUCUUACUUUUAAUAGGAAGUCGACUGGCUGAAAUUCCUUUGGGUUCCAAGUCCAUUAAGACUAAGUGGCAGUUGAGAGACCACAUAACACUUGAAAGGUGAUGGGGGAUUUGGCAACUGAGAGACCACAUGGCAAUUUUUGGUGAAAAUCUGGAGAUUUUGGCAACAUUUUACCAUUUUAGAAAACUUAAUUGGAGUCAAUGAGAAUCAAAAAUAAAGUACAUCUAAAUGC